AUAGCUUUUAUUGUAGGGCGAUGUGGAAUUAUCGUAUUAGAUUUAGUUAUUGAUUAUAUGGUCCUGGAAGGAUAAAAACAAUACGGUUUCUUGUUGUCGCAGUCUGUUCUAUUAAUUUGUACUUGUUGAUGAUUGAAAUCAAACAGCCUUUCUCACUUCUGUGUUUGGUGAAGCUAAACUGGUAGAAUUGCCAUUUAGGCGCCUUAGAAACUCGUGCUUACGACCGAAAUGGUAAGUCCCUGGCGGUAGGGCUGGUCUUGGCCCACAUUCUACUCAUUACCACCGUCGCCUGCCAUCGCCGUCUGCCGGUACCCUAUACAAGGCGGCUGAUCUCCUUCCUUCGUACCACCAUUACCAUUGCAAUCUUUCUUCCGUAGCCUCGUCGUCGGCGCAGGCCACCGUCGCACUGGCCAUGUCCGCGAACGGGUUAGCUGCAUUUCGCGUCAACGGCAAUGGACCGACCCUCAUCCAGGAUGCAAGCAUCUCGGACUUACCCAUCUUACCAGCCGACUUUGACUUCAAUGGCCCCGACAGUCCCAUCCCUAUUCCCGGGCGGACCUCCCAGUUGGAUGAAGAAUAUGGAUGGGAGAAAGAGCAGGUUGAGAAACUGGACGUCACCGAGGACCUGUCGACUCUCCCUCAUCGUCCGUUUUCAAAGUCCACAUCGGUUUUGAACUUGUCGUCGGCCCAACCUCGUCUGCUGCACGCUCUGACCAUGCCGUCGCCGUCGCAGCUUGGGGAUCUCCAGCAUCCCCAUCGUACCGUGCCUGGAUCGCCACAACCGUUGCGAGCAAAUACUUUGCCACCAGAACUCGCUCAUUUUCAAGAAUUAUCAUUGGAGCUAGCAGAUAUGGUGCAGACAGUCAUUCAGACAAUGCUUCAAAUUUCGCCGUCGCAGGUGUUAGACCCAUCCAAAGAGCAGUUUUCAAGCUGUUCUGUCGCAGUUCCAACACCAUCUCUCUCUUCCAUGUUCACUGCUAUGCGGAACCUGAAUUUCAUCUCAGCGAAUAUGGCGAGCAUCUUUUCUCAGACAUCGAAUCUUCGGGGUGCCGGAGAUGUUCUCCCAUUUCUGACUUUGGGCAGCGAGACUACGUUUGAUGUAGGAGAGCUGUUGCAAAGUGUCGGUGAUGCUCUAGGAGGUGCGGCGGCACAGGUAGGAACGGAACUAGUCAUUUUUCAUGGAGACGUGGGUUUCAAGCACGUAUACGUGAAAGGAAACGAGAGUGGCCUUUCCUACGUUCUAACUCACAUCGUUCGCCAGGUCUUGGCCACAGGGAAGGCUGGCGACACUGUUGAGCUAGGGCUGUAUGUUGUCUCAGGUGUUACCAAGCCUCCGACUGUCGAUCCACGAUACUCCGUCGAUGUCCUUACGACACCCGAGGAUUCGGACGGCCCAUUGCGAUGCAAGAUAAGCAUCAUGCACAAAUUUGCUCCCCUGGAUCCAUUACACGGUGAUAGUGCCGUAACCCCUCGACCAUCCCCUGAUUUCUCAACGACCCUUCUCGAACGACUGUUGAGCAAAGUCGGAGCGUCCUUCAAUCGGACCAUUCCCAAUCGGACCCUUCCUAAUCAAACGGUUCCACUUUCGAGUUCGGAAGACUGGGCUUGGGAAUUCUCGUUCAAAGCUUGGCAGAGUUCGCCGCCCGCUCCCGACCCUGCUUCCAUUGUCGUUCAUGGUCUGGCUGACCGCCCUCUUCCCUCUGGUGAACCAACCCUGGCGCAGUUGUCUGCCUUCGCCGAGACACUCAGAGCGAAAAAAGCCAUCCUAUAUGCGAACGUUAAAGCCAUGCCGCGGACGGUGGUGCGGAGGCUUCGCCGAGCGCAGCUGCUGACUCGUUGACACCGAACGGUCUAUCCUCUCCACUUUCUUUCAUAUUCAUAGAUGAUGACGUUGAGGUUCUCAAGUCGCGACUUCUGGUUUUUCGAGAUGAGCAGUAUCCUUUGAAUCCCCCAAAGCGCCCUUCCCUAUCCCAUCGUCGACCCGCAUCAUCCAACCCUAUAACCCGUGGCCAUAACGUCACUGGCUCGAUCUCCUCAUCUCCGGUGGUAAUAGUACACUUCAC